AGCAGGAGGGCUGAUUACACUCCCGUAAGCUUACUACACUGUGUACUGGACACACUCUACGUAAUGCUGAGGGAGCUUCCUCACUCUCUCGGGCUGGACUGCAGUGCGUCUGCGUCGGCUCGCCCUCCCCUCCCCCCUCGCCCCCCAGCCAUGGCCUCACGAAUAGGGCUGCGGCUGCAGCUGAUGCGAGACCAGCUGCAGCAGGAGAGCAGCAGGCGGAGCGGCAACUGCAGCAGAAUGGGCGCUGCAGUACAUGCAACAGCAGCGUAAUGUUGCCCCCAGCACCCAGCCCUUGCAUCAACGCUCCACAACACUUGCCAGAGCAUGCAGGUGCCUGUGGAGGUCCUCAAGGUGCAGACUCACCUGGAGAACCCUACAGACUACCACAUUCGCCAGUCCCAGAGACAACAGGUGAAGGAGUACCUCUCCACCACCUACGCCACCAAGCAGACGGUGCAUGCAGUAACAGGGGUGGUCCAGCCAUCCCCUCCCCCCACUCUGGCCCCCCCGGGGGCCUCUUCCUCGGCCCCCCCUCCUCUCCACUCCCCCCGGCUCCGUACGGAGCAGCUCAUCACAGGAAACAGUGCCCCCAACAGCCCUAUGGCCAUGCUCAACAUCGGCUCCAGCCACGAGAACAACCACGAGAGUAAGAGGGAGAUGUACCCAGAGAAGGACGAAAGGAGGAAGGAGAUGAAUAAGACGUAUGCCAUCGUGGAGGUGAUAGAUGGGGAACAGAUCCAACUGCUCCCUCUGUCCAGCAGUCACCUGGACGUGUACACGGGCCCUGGGAUGACCGGUCAAUCCAUCGCCAUGACCAGCAACUCCUGCCCUGCCAACCUGGCCAUCAAACGAGAGCUGACGGAUGCAGAAGCCCGUGCGAUGGCCAAGGAGAGACAGAAGAAAGACAACCACAACCUGAUUGAGAGGAGGAGGAGGUUCAACAUCAACGACCGGAUUAAAGAGCUGGGCGGUAUGAUCCCCAAAACCAAUGACCUGGACGUGCGCUGGAAUAAGGGCACCAUUCUGAGGGCUUCAGUAGAGUACAUCAAGCGGAUGCAGAAGGACAUGCAGAGGACCAGAGAGGUGGAGAACAACUUCAAGAGGAUGGAGAUGGCCAACAAACAGCGAGUUAGAGAUGCAGGCUCGUCUGCACGGCCUCCCCAGCUCCUCUCCCUCUGGGAUGGGUUCUGGGGACCUGAUGGGUUCCUACAUCAAACAGGAGACCAGCCCUGAGGAGAAGCUCCACCAGCAGCAGGCUCAGGCCCAGGGCCAGCAACACCUCCACCACCCCCAGUCCCACCACCUCCAGCCUCAGCAGGGCCAGCUCAGGCAGCUGCCCCCUCUGCCCCCUCACCUCCAGCCCCAGCUUCCCCUCCAGUACUCAGCCGUGGGCAGCUCCCAGCCCUUUGACUUUGCCCAGUCGCUGGACUUGUGUGACGGGGUGCCUGGCUUCCCAGAGGGCCUGUCGGGGCUUGGGGAGCUGGGCGGCCUUGGUACCCAAGGCAGGAGAGGCGAGCUGGGCUUCCUGAUGAUGGACGAGCCCCUGUCUCCUCUGGGUGGAGACCCCCUGCUCUCUGCCAUGUCCCCUGAGGCCUCGGUCGACUCCAGCCGCAGAUCCAGCUUCAGCAUAGAGGAUACAGAUAUACUGUAGAUGGAUUAUACACACACACACACUGUAGAGCCACACACAUAGUGUGUACACAUACACACAUAUGGUACGUAAUGUACACAGUAGAAAUAGACCCAGAGCACUGAUAUACUGUGACAUGUGUAUGCUCUGUUCAACAACCCUGCCAGCAUACAUUUGCACUCUAAACUCCCUCACACACACUCCAAGCACGCUGUACAAACACUGAUACACACUUACACACACAAACGUGACAUUCUCAUAGAUGCACACCCUUUUUAGCACUCGUAUAGAUACACAUUCAACAGCAAUAUGAGAAAUGAAACCACGUUUCAGAUUGAAAUAAUUGUGUUCUACCACUGUAAAUAUCAGAGCACCUCUGAAUGAUAAACAAUCUAUUACACGCACGCACGCACGCACACACACGCGCACAGCAUAGACAAAUUCUAGUUCACUCUAACACAGAAGAGCCCCUGUUAUUUGAAGGGAAAUAUGUGAGGCACUGACAAAGGUUUGAGACACACAGACCUCGACCCCAUACUUUGUAAAACACACUGGCAUGACCUCGAGUCUGCAAGCUACUGCCUUCUCCUGUGUCACCUAUGACCUUUAGCCUUGUGGGUACUGCCAAGUCCACUCCAUGACCUCUGACCCCUGUGUGAACUCUGAAAGUUGAGGAGAGAGGUGUUGUAGCGAUGCAAGGGGUUAUAUAGCUCCACAGGUUUCUAAGUAGUGCCACUGUGUAGCAUCAUAGGGUGCUAUGUAGCGACUCAGGGAUCUUCUGUAUCCCUGACCCAAACCUGCCAAUGGGCCUUGUGUUAGCCACCUGAAGCCCCACUCUCUCUGGCUGAGAUGGAGGGUGGGGAGAGGGUGGGAGAGGGUUGUCUUUUAGUAAGUUGUACUGUAUAGUUAGGAGAGAGAGGAGCAGUCAUAGAGAUUGGCUUAGAUAACCCAGUAAUGUCAUUGUCUCCACUGUAACACACACACACACACACACACACA